AUGUUAUUAUUGAUAGGUAUAAUACUAAAAUCACCAUCAUACUUAACAAAAUGGACAUUAUUUCAAGUAUGCUUAGCAUUAUUAGGCAGCAGUAUAUCCUCAAUAUUAAAACUUUUAACUUAUGGCGAUGAUUACGACAAUCUGGAUCGAGCACUUAACCAACCAAUUUGUAUUGCUCAGCAAAAAAUAUCGGUAUUCUUUUUUUAUCCGUUAUAUUUGCUACCAAGUGUUUUAACAUUUCAUUUAUGGUUUGGAUUGAUUAAAAUGAAUCCAAAUAUCGAGAAAGCUCAUUUCUGGACACUUACAAUGUCGAUUUGGGGAUUUGCUUGUAUUUAUACCACAAUUGUGGUCAUCGUCUCAGGAUUGAAUGAAAAUUGGGGUGUGAUGGUGACUAGAUUUGUAUGCGAAGCUUAUGAUUUUAGUUCAACAUGGUAUUUGUAUUGGCCGGUUCAAUUAAUCGUAGGCUUGUUAGCGUUCGUCUCAUUAUUUUUCGCAAUACGUUCAACAAUCAUUUUAUGGGAAAUAUGGAGUGCUUAUAAUCUGAAUAAUCAAAGUUCAGAAGAAAUUCAAAUUGUAAUCCUUCAACAAUCAAAAUCACAUCACACGAAAAGUUACAUAGACCAUUCACAUUAUAUCAGCAAUUUCACUUCAUCAUUAUUUGGAGGCUUGGUUUUCUUGAUUUUUGGUACAACCAAAUCAUCUUUAUUAUCGAUUACACAAUACUUUGGCUACAAAAAUAAAUCAGAUGAUGACGAUACAUUAUAUGUAUUUAGACCAUCGUCCUACCAUCUUGAGUCCAUCGCGGCAACUGACAUAAAAACAAAAAGAACGACAAGAGACACGAUAGAAUCGGAGGCGGUAACCAUUGAGGUAUUGGUGGAAAAUGAUCGACAUCCCUCAUUUUUAGAAAAACAAAAGAGAACUAAACAUUACAGACACAGUAGUUCCAGGAACAGCAAUAGAAGGCGAAGACAUAGUGAUACUAGGCAUAAUGGUAGUCAAAGAAGGCGUCGUCGCCAUCAUCAGGACACCAAUGAAAGUAAAAAUAGAAAAAAUAAUGAUAUCUCAUUUGGUAACUCUAGAAGAAUUAUGAUUGAUAAUAGUGAUGAAGUAGUUAGUAGAAGUAAUAGCGAUACCACAAUAGACAUAGUGAUAGUUAUGCUAGCAGUAGAGGAAGAUCUAGUAGUAUGA